AUGAAUAUAACUUUAACAUUUUACUAUUAUCACAGUAAACAGUCUAUUAUAUAGGAAUCACAGGUCGAUCAAGAACACAUUAGGCAAAUAUUGAUUUUGCGAAUGGUAAUCUAACGAUAACAUCUUCAGGUUUUCUCCUUCGAAAUAUAUUCUCCACAAAGUUGCGUUUCAAAUUUUUCCAACGUGCCGCGAAGACGGAGUCGUGGCUGCUCGGCCAAUAUGCAUCGAGUGCGGCGUGGUGGCGCGCAUGUCACAUCGCCGGCCGCCGCAAGGUCUGGGUCUCGGGCUGCGGGCGCGGGGACGAGUCGACGCGCGCGAUGCCGUCCGUCGCUCGCGGAUAGCAGUCGUUUAAAGCCGGUCGUUGGUCUCCCCUACAGUGUACGACGGUGGCAAGGUGGUGCUUCGGUGUCUCGUGAGAGAGAAGCGCGAACGGUGAGUGCUCACACGUACGUCGAAGUGCUUCGUUUUUUUCGAUAACGGCAACGAAAUGGCAGCGGUAUCGUUUCGGGCGAUUUUCGUCGUGCGGUGGUGCGAGAUGAACCGUCUGGUCGCCACGAGAAGGUACCAAAAGGAAACAUGGUGCCGACGGUGGUGGCACAUCUCUCACAGGACCUUUUCCCUAACGGCCAGUUCCUAUUCGCCGACGUUAAAUCCACUUUUGAUGAAACAACUGAAUGAGCCUAAAGCCACGGAAAAACAAACGAAGAAAACUGCAAGCGCUACGUCGGCAGAAAACAUAGAGAGCCAGAGUGCCGAAUCAGCCGGUUUGGAAGUUACUGUGGCAUAUCAUCGAGGGCUUCCCAGAAUCACGGUGCCUCUUCCAUCCAGAAGAGAACAUUGCUCGUUCACAAUGAAGCCAAUAACGCAUACGGUUGGCAAUUUUAUAGAUAUGUUAAAAACAGAGGAUCGUGGCAUCGAUCGAGCAUGCAUAACAUCGCUAGAUGGCAUCAGGAUAGCUUCCAGUAACACGAUAGAAUCUCUUUUAGAAGAGGAUUUCAAAUUAAUCAUAAACGAUAACGAAUAUGUUGUCACGCCGCCGUUACAAGAAAGGUGCACGACAGAGGAUCUACAGAAACUUGGAGACGUACAAGCACUCGUGAAUCAACUACACGAGGCGUUCAACGUGCGAGAAUAUCAAGUCGACAUGGAGAGAUCAGCUCUCGCCGAACUGGAAGAUAUUAGAUUACAGCUAGUACCUUUGGAGCAGAAAUUGCAAGAGAUACAAAACGCUGCUUCGAAGAGGGCAAAUUUCUUCGUCUGGACGUUCCUAAUUAUGAUGUCUAUCCAAUUCGGGGCAUUAGCUAGAUUAACUUGGUGGGAAUACUCGUGGGAUAUAAUGGAACCCGUAACUUAUUUCGUAACUUACGGCACUACUAUGAUGUGGUUCAUUUAUUACCUCGUCACCAGACAGGAAUACAUGUUGCCGGAUGUGUUAAAUAGACGUCACCUCAUUGUGCUUCAUAGAAGAGCGCGGAAAGUCGGUCUCGAUCUCAACUUAUACAAUUCACUGAAGGAGCGGGCCUACGAAUUAGAAACCACUUUGAAAAUUAUUCGCGGCCCUCUGCACGAUUAUAAGACUCAACUGCAGCGAAAGCAACGUUCUAGAUCCAGUUCCAGCAGCUCAAGAUCACCAAGUUCCUCGCCUAGUCCCAGUCCUCGUCGAGAGGCAUCCUACACAUAUUUAUAGCGUGUGCAAACUCAAAUGACCCAAACAAAAUGUUAGCAAUGUUGGCAGAUUAUUGUCAAUCUGCCAACAUUGCUAACUAUUGACUGUUCGUUAUGGUUCGAAAUUGCACAACAAUAUAUUUAUUUAUUAUAAUACACAAAGUCUCUUAAAUUCAUUAUCAAGCAUGGAACAUCAACGCGUAAGUUAGUAAGAAAGGUGCGCGUUACACAAAAAAAGUCGAACAAGAGGUACCAUCUAUUCCAAGAGAUAGAAUUAAAAACACAAGCAUAGAAAUACACAUGUGAAGGAUUGCUAUUCUCAACACCAACAUUUGACUAUCUGGGAAUAUUUCAACCCUUGUUUCAUGACGUCUAGUGUACUUCUCUUUUACAUUUUUCUCUAAUGUCUUCCAAACAAGUCGACAACAUUGAUAUUUGAUAACCGCCAUAUUUUAAUGUCUGGUAAACGCGCGUGAUGAGAUUUGGUUACCGCCGAUAUCACUUGGAAGAUUAAGUCGAGAUCUGAAAUAUCACUGCGGAUUACUUUACGCAACACCUUGACUAAAUUUUAUAUUCCACGUUUGAGACGUUUCGGAAUGUUCAGUUGCGACCUGACUUUAGAAAUGUCUUUUUCGGAGCUGGUCUCUUGGUCGGACACCUCAUCUAUUAACACUAUAAUUUUGGUUUAUUUUCGUCCGCGUAAAACAAUAUUUGUCGGAUAAACCCUCCUUAUCAGCUAUUUCAUAAGCCUCUGCAUACCCAUUCGCAUAAUUCAAGCACAGAAGGUUUCUAUUUUUUUGAAUCUCUCCCUCUAUAUUUUAGAUACACCGCUCUCUUGUACCUUAAAUCAUAAAUAGAAUAUCUUUCAGCGUCGCAACGCGUCACGGCAACCCAAGCUUUUAAAUCAACUUUAGUUAUGUAUUAUUUACAGGUUUUUUUCUUCCCUUUAGCAUUUUUCAUAUUCUUCUCCAUAAAAGUCUUGGUCCAUGAAUCUUGAAAAUUUUCCCCAGUAUUCUCGUUUUAUUUUAUCUAUUCUUUGAUGUUCACUCUGUUUCUCAUCAGGACAUAUUUCUCUCAAGCUAGGUCAGUUUUAUCACUUCUAUACUUUAGGUAUAUUGCUCUCUUUUCGGCUGCCAUUUUCUUAACUUCAUUGGUUUGUGGUUUGUGGUUUGUGGUUUAUUCUGUCAGAGUUAGUUUUCCUUUUAUCUAUCGCUUUAUCUGUAGCUCUAACAAUGUUGCAGGAUAUGUUCUGUCAAGCUUCUUUGACACCAUCUCCUUUAGUGACUGGAUUGUUGAUUAAUAAAAAUGCACAAUAAUGAUCUCUUCUUGUAAACUUCAAUCAGUUGUAGUGUAUAUUCUGACCAUUACAUGAUGCUGUGUAUUUUAUUAAAUACUUUGUAAUUUUAUUAAAUAGAUCUCUAGGUUGGUAUGUGUGAUCAUGUGAUUCUAUUUCUUGGCAUAUGUUUGUAAAAUAAGUGUUCUUAUUCUUAAUAAUGUAUGCACAUUCAAUUUCUCUACUUAUAUUCCGGAAUUCUACUUUCUCAUGUUCUGUUCUAAACCGUUAUGUGCUAUUAGUCUUCUAUCCUCUAUUUUUGUUAAGGUUUUAUCAGAAAUUCAGUGUUUACGUUUCUCCUUUUUUAACAUUUGUUGUUUUUGAGUUGCAUUAGAAACGCACAAUUUUAUUUUGUCCCAUAUUUGUUGCGGUGGUAUAUUAUCACUGACAGCGGGCAUUGUUUCUUUUAUUGUCUGUUGAAACUCCGAUACAUUAUUGGAGAUUUCCAUGUGACGAGGAUACUGCAGUCUUAUUGCUAUUUUAAAUGUUAUGCGUAAUCUCGCUACCAGUAGAUUGUAAUCUUAUCCGCAAAUCGUUCCAGGAUAUGUUCUUAUUGUUGAGAAAGCAGAUCUCCAUCGAGAAUUUGAAAGUAUGAAAUCUGUUUGGUUACGAGCUCCAUUACAGGGUUACAGGGCUUGCUCACGUGUACAGCCUUUGUGGCAAAAAGUGUUCAUGAUGGUCAAAUUGUUCUCUACAGCAAACUCUAGUAAACGCUUACCUUUCUCGUUUCUUACAAUUUCGAUAUGCAUAAUUAUUGUAUAUAUAUAUUACAUACAAAGUGGUAUUAUGACAUACAUCGACGUUGAUGUUAUUGUAUAUACACAGUUUUUCAUAAAAUCAACGAAAUAGCUAAUUUAUUAAUAAUAUAAUUUAGUACUCUAAGUAAAGAUAAGGAUAAAAAGUUUAUCUCUAAGUAAAAGAAGAUAUUUGAAUAGCUAUUACAAUGUAAAUAUAAUUUCAAUACAUGAACAUUAUUUUUUCCAUUAAUUUUACUGUUGAACAUUUGCACAAAUAAAAAUCUAUCCAAAAAACCACGAUCCAAAGAAAUAUUAACAGUAGAAAAAAUAGAUUUAUACACUUGCCUGCUCACUCUUAUUGUCCUAUGAUAUUAAUGCUACUUACAAAAGUAUUUAAUGUUCCUUCAAAACUAUCCAUCAAAAAUUUCUAAUUCUUAGAUAAUCAAACUCUCUUUACUAUACAGAAUAUUAUAUGAUUAGAGAAGUAAAACGCACCACACUAUCUCAUUUAGCAUCAUUGCUCUUAAUAGAUGCAGCACGAAUAAUACUACUAUUAGUGUUAUGCUAUUCUAAACAAUAUUCACGAAAGUAUCAUAAUGUAAGAAACGCACAUAGAUUAAGCUUUUAAAACUAAAGAACUUCUCGCUUUCGUAAAAUCUAUCCGUCCGUUGAGAUGGUUUGUUAAACUCAUAAUCAGCUUUAUUUUUCUUAUACUUAUGCUAACAAUCUAACAAAAAGGUAGAAAAGUUUAAUAGAAUUGUUCUAUUCCGUGUUAAUGCUACAAAAGCUAUCUUUAUAAUCAUUUAUUUUGCCAAGAUGUUAAUUCCUGACUAGGUUCCUGACAAUCUCCUGUCGAAAUUAAAAUAUAUUUAAUUAAAUGAUUCUAAAGAUAGCAUCUUGUUAAAUUUUUAUGUCU